AUGUUCUUCUUUCUGCUGGAGCGAGAGAAGGCCACCUGGAGGCAUCCUCGGUCGCGUCAGUGGCACCUGCUGGACUAUGUCCUCGUCCGAAGGCGUGACCAGCGGGACGUGCUGGUGACGAAGGCGAUCGCGGGUGCUGACGGGUGGACCGACCAUCGCCUCGUCAUAUCGAAGAUGCGUAUUCGCCUACAGCCUCGCAGGAGAUCACAAGGUAAGCGACCCCCAGGUAAGCUGAAUGUUGUCUUGUUGUCUUUGCCCGCCCAUCAUCUUCAUUUCAGCAAUGAGCUAGCUCAACGGCUAGACAACCUCCCCAUCGCCGAUGCCGCCGCUGCCGAGAACGCCUCCGUGGAGAACCACUGGUGUCAACUGCGAGACACGGUCCAGUCGACGGCGGCCGCCGUCCUCGGUCGCGCUCCCCGCCAACACCAGGACUGGUUCGACGACAACGUCGCCACCAUCAGAAAUCUGCUUGCUGAGAAGAACCGCCUACACAAAGCCUACUCUGAUCACCCGAAUAAGGACAACAAAGCUGCUUUCUACCGCAGUCGCCGCCAACUUCAGCAACGACUGCGCGAGAUGCAGGACGCCUGGACUGCCCGCAAGGCCGAGGAGAUCCAAGGGUACGCGGACCGUAACGAAUGGAAGAACUUCUUCUCUGCGAUCAAAGCUGUCUACGGUCCGCCGACGAAGGGCACUGCUCCUCUCCUCAACGCCGACGGCAACACUCUCCGGACUGAGAAGACGCAAAUCCUACAACGAUGGGCCGAGCAUUUCCGAGGCGUCCUCAACCGCCCUUCCGUCAUCUACGACGCCGCCAUCGAGCGUUUGACGCAAGUGUAGACCAACGCGGACCUCGACCUCCCGCCAUCUCUCCAGGAAACGAUCAGGGCCGUGCAGCAGCUCUCCAGCGGGAAAGCACCCGGAUCGGACGCAAUCCCUGCUGAGGUCUACAAGCACGGAGAUCCCCUACUGAUGGAUCACCUGACUGCGCUCUUCCAGGAGAUGUGGCGUCAAGGUGAAGUCCCGCAAGAUUUCAAGUACGCAACAAUCGUGCACCUAUACAAGCGAAAAGGGAAUCGCCAAGUCUGCGACAAUCACCGCGGCAUCUCCCUACUGAACAUCGCCGGGAAGAUCUUCGCUCGCAUCCUGCUCAACCGCCUCAACAACCAUCUGGAACAGGGCCUUCUGCCGGAAAGCCAAUGCGGCUUCCGUCGUCAUCGUGGGACCACGGAUAUGAUCUUCGCCGCCCGUCAACUUCAGGAGAAGUGUCAGGAGAUGCGGACCCACCUGUACUCUACCUUCGUGGACCUGACGAAAGCCUUCGACACGGUGAAUCGUGAAGGACUGUGGAAGAUCAUGCAGAAAUUCGGCUGUCCGGAGCGAUUCACUCAGAUGGUGCGUCAGCUGCACGACGGUAUGAUGGCGCGAGUCACGGACAACGGAGCUGUCUCAGAGGCAUUCGCAGUGACCAACGGAGUGAAGCAGGGAUGCGUGCUGGCAUCAACCCUCUUCAGUCUUAUGUUCUCUGCCAUGUUGAUGGACGCCUACCGCGACGAACGCCCCGGGAUCCGCAUGGCCUACAGGACGGACGGUCAUCUCCUGAAAUCAACGGCGGAUGCACUUCCAAUCGCGCGUAUCCACCACCAUUGUUCACGAACUCCUGUUCGCCGACGACUGCGCCCUGAACACCACCUCGGAAGAGGAAAUGCAACGUAG